AUGAAAUGGGAUGUGGACCACCAGUUGAUAUGAACUGCACAGCUGAGGAGUUUGUGUGUCCUGAUGGAACCUGCCUGUCACGUAGCCGUGUCUGUGAUGGUGUCGUCAACUGUCUUGGGGGCAGCGACGAGAAGGGGCCUUGCCCUUCCUAUGAUUCUUCGGCGGAAAGUACUGCAUCAUCAGAGACAGAGGUUUCAACCGCAGAUGUGAAACCAGUGGACACACAAGAUAACACUGGAAAUGACAUCCACAUACCACCAGAAGUAAACAGCACAGUGGGUGCAAACAAAACUAGAGAACUGUAUGACUGCAAAGACGAUGAAUUUCAUUGUCAUGAUGGUUCCUGUGUUGACUGGAACCUUCUGUGUGACAUGGUAGCCCAUUGCCCAGAUGGCAGUGAUGAAGUCGAAGGCUGCCUCUUGAGGAAAGGUUGUGGUGAUGCAUUUCGUUGUGGUUCUGGCCAUUGCCUGCCUAAGGAAUGGGUCUGUGAUGGCAAUGUUGACUGUGUUGAUGGAUCUGAUGAAGAUGAUUGCCAUAAGAUUCCUGAACCAGAUGAGACCCAAGACACACUAAGACGAUCAAGAAAGGAUGUUGGAAUGGACCGUCUUAUGGAAAUACAGCUGGAAAUUGCCAAACAGGAACGCUUCAAUCAACAACAUUUGUAUCAACUCAAGGCAAGUAAAAUAAAUGUUGAAGUCAUUAUGUCUCAAUAGUUCAGACAAUAUCUCACUCUUAUGGCAAAUUUAAACAAUAAUUUGAACAUAACAGCACAAAGUCAAGUCUGAAAUAUAACACCCAUGGGAAGAAGCUAUUUCUCAGCUUACAGAUUCAGUUGAAGCCAGUCACAUCAUUUUAUAAAUAAGGAGUUCCUCUCAAAGCAGAGUCAGAGAAACCUGUUGAGGACAUGAAGAAAUUGUAUGGAGAUGGAAAAGAAAUAAAAAUAUCAGACUGAGAAAGUGCAAGAAAAGAAGUAGUGCAAAUAAAAAGAGAACAGAAAUGGCUUGAUGAGAGAGCCCUGGUAUGAGGCAGGAUUAGUAAUAAGAACAUGUCAGAUCAAAGCACGGUUUAUAAAACAGGGUUGACAACGGCAU